AUGUUGCAACAAAUUCUACGAGAUCUUUACAUAGAUCCGGAAUUGCUCGCUGAAUUGGGUGAGGAUCAAAAGCAAACAUUAUUUUGUAAAAUGAGAGAAGAACAAGUGAGAAGGUGGAAAAUAUGGGAUAGCGAACAAGAAAAAUUAGAGAGAUUAAAAGGUCCCAAACCUGAAAGGAAAACAAAAGUGAGUUUUUUAAAAGGUUCCGACGGAGAACCUUGGACUUGGGUUAUGGGAGAACAUCCGGAUGAUAAAUCAAUCGAACAAAUACUUGAAGAAGAAGCGAGAGAAAAAGCGAGGAAAUUGGCUGAAAAAGAAGCCAAAGAAUUCAGGAAAAGCGUCGAAGCGGGUUUAAACGAAAUAUUAGAUCUUAAUCAAAAGAAAAUACAAAAAACGGUUGAAGCGGAACUCAACGAAAUAUUAGACAUGAAUCAAAAACAAAUACAACAAUUGGAAGCCGCGGGAAAAACCUUAAACAGACUGAAAGAUAAAACGAUGAUGACAAUUCUACCACCGGAAACAGAUGAUUCCUCCGAUAUUUAUUGCACCGUCGACGAUCUUAGAAAAAAAUUAAAUUCAUCUAAACCAAAUUUCGAAAUACAAAAAUACAACGGAAAUAAUAAUAAUAAUAAUAAUAGUGGAAAAUUGAAUAACGUUCCGCAAUAUAGAAAUAAAGUUGCUGCCACGGUUGCACAAUGGGAAAAAAGAGUUUUGGAAGAAAGAGCUAGUCAAAUAUUUAACAAAUUACAAAGGAAACAAUUGCAAGUUGUAAAAGAAGCAGAAGACGCGGAAAAAAGACAGGAAAUACUAUGGAGAGAACAGGAAAAAAAAGCCAAAGAAGCUGAACAACAAAUUCGUGAAAUAGCGAGGAGAGCACGAGAAGAACAUAAAAGAACAUCUUGUUGCGAAAUUGACGUCGAAACGGAAACAAAUCAAAUAAAAAGAACGAGUACGAAAGAACCCGUCGUUUCCAUGUCUGUCGGUGUCAUAAAACCAAGAUCGAGAGAAGCAAUAACGGAAUGGUUUCAAACGGUCGAAGUGGAACGAAAAGCAGGGAUAGAUGAUAAAAAUCAUGUCGCUCCCUGGUUUCACGGUUUGAUAUCGCGACAGGAAGCGGAAAAUUUAUUAUCGGAUAAACCCGUCGGAAGUUUUCUAGUACGAGUUUCGGAAAAAAUAAGCGGUUACGCCAUAAGUUACAGGGAUUCGGAUCGUUGCAAACAUUAUCUUAUUGAUUCGUCAAAUGGUCAUUAUCAAUUUUUAGGUUCUAAUCAAAUGACUCACAAAACUUUAGGUGAAUUGAUUACCUUUCACGAAACACAAGCGAUCACAGCUUUGGGCGGCGAAUUGUUAAGGAUCCCCUGUCGGAUCUCUUGUAUUCCUGACAUUUUCCGAGGAUUAACGAUUUACGCUGCCAGGUAA